AUGUUCUUCAGGAUCUGCAGCAGCAGCAGCAGCAGCAGCAGCACCAGCAGCAGCAGCAGCAGCAGCAGCAGCAGCAGCAGUAGCAGCAGUAGCAGCAGCAGCAGCAGCAGAAGCAGAAGCAGCGACGGAAAAUUAAAUCCAGCAGCAGCAGCAGCAGCAACAGCAGCACCACCGACAGCAGCAGCAGCAACAGCUGCACCACCACCACGACCACCAACAGGAGCAGCACCACCACCACCACCGCCAGCAGUAGCAGCAGUAGCAGCAGCAGCAGCAGCAGAAGCAGAAGCAGCGACGGAAAAUUAA